UUUGGAUCUUUCAUCUGGUCCCAAGUCAACUCUUGAAGUGAGAAAUACAACUAAAAUGGCAAGGCUCUCUGUUCUAGCAGGUUUUUGCCUGUUGUUAUUCCACCUGGGAUCUGCAAAAAGAAUGGAGUGCUACUUCACCAACUGGUCCCAGUACAGACCUGGUGAGGGCAAGUUUCUGCCACAGAACGUAGAUCCCUUCCUGUGCACCAGCCUUAUCUAUGCCUUUUCCAUCAUCAACCCUAACAAUGAGCUGGUUACUUACGAGUGGAAUGAUGAUGUCCUCUACAAGUCUUUCAAUGAACUAAAGACCAAGAAUCCUCAUCUGAAAACUCUGUUGGCUGUUGGUGGAUGGAACUUUGGCUCCACACAGUUCACCAAGAUGGUUUCUACUCCAGCUAACCGUCAAACUUUCAUUCAGUCUACAAUCAAAUUUCUGAGGACUCAUGGAUUUGAUGGACUGGAUCUGGAUUGGGAGUAUCCUGGUGCUCGGGGAAGUCCUCCAGAAGACAAGAAGAGGUUCACGCUACUCUGCAGGGAACUUGUUCAAGCCUAUGCAGCUGAGGCCAAGUCCACUGGCAAACCUCAGCUCAUGCUGACCGCUGCGGUGUCUGCUGGUAAAGGAACCAUUGAUGGUGGAUAUGAGAUUGCUGAAAUUGCCAAGGAAUUAGAUUUUAUUAAUGUGAUGACCUAUGAUUUCCAUGGAACUUGGGAGCAGUUCACUGGCCACAACAGUCCUCUGUUCCGUGGAUCUGAGGACUUUGGUGACCUCAUCUACUUCAAUGUUGACUAUGCCAUGAAGUACUGGAGAGAUAAUGGCACCCCUCUGGAGAAGCUGAGGAUGGGAUUUCCUGCCUAUGGUCGUACCUUCCGUUUGACAUCAUCAAAUACAGGUGUUGGAGCUCCAGCUAGUGGUCCUGCAUCAGCUGGACCAUUCACACGUGAAGCUGGCUUCUGGGCCUACUAUGAGGUCUGCACAUUCCUGCAAGGCACCACCAUUAAUUGGAUCGACGAUCAAAAGGUUCCCUAUGCAUUUAAAAACAGUGAAUGGGUAGGAUUUGACAACAAGGAAAGCUACGAAAUAAAGGUACGAUACUUGCAAGAGCAGAAGUACGGCGGUGCCUUUGUGUGGGCGCUUGAUUUAGAUGACUUUGCAGGAAAGUUUUGCAGUCAAGGUAGUCACCCUCUGCUUGCUCAUCUGCACAAACUUCUUAAUAUUGAGCUUCCACCACUGCCCCCAACCACCACCCCCAAACCUGGCGCAAGCACCACUUCUCCAACUACCACCACCACCACCACUACUCAUGCUCCAGGACCUGGCUUCUGCAACGGCAAACCUGAUGGUCUGUAUGCCAACCCAGAUGACAGAACCAGCUUCUACAUGUGUGCAGGAGGCGUCACUCAUAUCAGGCACUGUGGAAAUGGAUCUGUCUUUGAUGACAGCUGCAAGUGCUGUGUCUGGCCCUGAGCUAUCAGUGAUAACAUUCUUUUUAAUCUGACAACAUUAAAAGACUGUAACAAUCGUUUUGCUGUGUAUGAAGUCAUCCAUCUAAAUAAAUCAAAAUUUAUUAAAUUACGAUUUAUUUUUCUUUACCUAAAAACAGUGUGGCUUAAAUGUGUCCAUCGAACACUAAAGUGAUUGAAUGUAGAACAGAAACUGUUUGGGUCUCAGUAAACAAACAAAAGUAUCACUA